UUUUGCUGUGGGAAACCCAAAAUUUGUGUCAAAUCAAAAAGUAAAAUAGGAGGUGCACAAUGGCAAUAUGUAAUAAAGGUUCUGUGAAAGUUUCAUCAAAUGUGUAUUCAGUGGUAUGAGAGGAGCUGCGGAUAAGAGAUGGGUACUCCAAAGCGUAACAGACAGACGGACGGACGUACAGACGGACAUACCGAUUACUAUAUAUCCUCCCACUUUUCAAGCGGGGAUAUAAUAAGUUUGUCGUUGCUGGCUGAUUUAAUGUGUAGGAGUAAUGACUUAACUGUAAUCGGCUUAUUGAUAAAAAUGUAGCGGUAAAUGAUCACCAAAAAAUUUCGAAGAAAUGUAGCGAUACUGAGCUGAAAUUUGAUUGUCGCAAUGUAUCUAGGUAAUGUUGACUUCCCGUUGCAUGAUGCUCAGGUGACCUAUAAGACCCAUGGGCCUCUUAUUUUAUUUACAUUUUUAGACAGAAAGGAAAUUCUUGCUUAUGUUCAUUAUUUACAUAAGUAAUAGUUUCCUUUCUGUCAAUCGGAAGCCGUACGCAUAUCGCAGAUAGAUUUAAUUUUAAAUACUAAAUACAAAUAGACCAGGAAUUUAAAAAUGACAUGAAUAUCACAUUAAGAAAGAAUAACCAGAAACGAAUCGGCCAAAGGACAGAGGCCACACUGUCAGGUCAGAUUUGUAUAGAAUUAAAAUCAAAGUACUGUGAGUACUGAAAGGCGGUGGCGUGAAUGAUUUUGUUUAACGUCCAUUUCGAGAAUAAAUUUUGAGCAGCGAUGGAUAUUUUUCUGGCUAGCAAUUACUGCAACACAGGAUCUGAAUUAAGGGCGUGUCCCGCAGUGGGAGUCGAAUCCGCGACAUAAGGAUGGGUUCCUUCAGUAUACACAAACCAGGAAGUUAAAUACCUGUCUAGUAGACAAUACAAAUACCACGUGAUCAAAGUAGCAGGGAGGAAUUUGGUCAACAAACGCCAUUACUGUCUAAAAUCAGAUCCACACAUUUAAUUAUGAACCCCCGUACGAGUGCCCAGGACGUGAUGCGAUGUGACCUGUGUGAGACCGCUGUGGUACAGAUGCACUGUGAUACGUGUCUUGUCAACCUGUGUAAGGCCUGUGUGGGAGAACACAUGGUUUUUGAUGAAUCCAAAAAACAUGACAUAGUUCCAUUUAAAAUUCGAAAAUCCACUCCCAAAUAUCCAAGAUGCACAGAUCAUGCUGAAGAAGGAUGUGAAAUGUACUGUAAUCAAUGUGACAGUCCUGUCUGCAUCAGUUGUGUUGCAUCUGAUCAACAUCUAGGCCAUAAAAUUGUGAAAAUUGAGCAAGUUUUGGGUGAAAGAAAAAACAAAAUUAAAAAAGAUUUAAUUGAAUUGAAUGAAAACAUUUAUCCCACCUACCAGGACAUUGCCUCUGAUGUACAAAACACAAUAGGUCAGUUAGAAAAGGAAUAUGGAGAUCUCUCAACAGCAAUAACAAAACACGGAGAGGACUGGCACAGAGAAAUUGACAAACUUGUCCAGGAACUUAAAGCCGACGUUGAUGAGAUGAAAAACUCACAAUUGAAAAUUCUACAGAUACAUUUGGACGAAAUAAAUAAGAAAAUGUCUGAGAUCAAGGACGAAAUCGGUUCAAUUACUGUUGCUGUUCAAACGAAUGAGAUUUCAAAACUAUUCAAUGUAACAACUGAUAUAAACAAGUAUAGAAAUCUUCCAGAAAACAUAGUUCCCUCCGUACCCAAAUUCAAGCCAGUAAACAUAGAAGCAGAGCUUGCUAAAAUAUUUGGAGCUUUGCCAUCAAGUUCUUUAACUUCAGAUAAACAUGGCUAUAGCGUGAAGACUACUCAAAUUUCAACACAAUCUGAGUCCUCCCCUCCAGUCAAACAGCUGCUUGAUGAACCAGAGACUGACAUCGCCAUAGACACUGGGUUUGAAUACCUUUACAAUGUGGCCUGUCUGAGUGAUGAAAAAAUCUGGGCAAGUGGGAUGGACAAAACAAUGAAACUCUUUAGUAUCAAUCAGGGAUUACUUCUCAAGUCAAUCACAACCAAGUCAGGGAGCGAGCCAAUGGACAUAGCUGUGACAAAAAGUGGAGAACUAGUUUAUAUUGACGAAAAUGAAAGAACAGUAAAUAUUGUGAAGAAUGAGAAGAUAGAGGAAGUGAUCAGACUACAGAACUGGAGACCCCACGGUGUCUGUAGUACCUCCUCUGGUGACCUCCUGGUCAUUAUGUACAAUAAUGAUGACUGUCCGUCAAAAGUUGUCCGUUACUAUGGGGCCACAGAGAAGCAAUGCAUUCAGUUCGAUGAUAAGGGUAAACCUCUCUAUUCUUCUGGUUUGCUCUAUUACAUUACUGAGAAUAGGAACCUGGAUAUCUGUGUAUCUGACUACGAAGCUAAAGCAGUAGUGGUGGUCAAUCAGGCCGGGAAACUGAGAUUCAGGUACACUGGACAUACUCCUGUUAUGAAGAACAAACCAUUCUGUCCACGAGGAAUCACCACAAACAGCCAGAGUCACAUCCUUACAGCUGAUUAUAACAAUGAGUGUGUCCAUAUCAUAGACCAGGAUGGACUGUUCCUCCGUUACAUAGACUGUGGACUGAGUGAACCCUAUGGACUGUCCAUAGAUACAAAUGACAAUCUGUUUGUUGCUGAAUCGAAAUACAAAAAAGUGAAGAAAAUCAUAUAUCUGAAGAUUAGUGAAAUCUAAGAUUGUAUUCAUAAAAACACCCUUGUUUUUUUUUUUCUUCAAGUUCAUGCAUAUGGUAUUGAUUCGGUUCUUUUAUGCAAAAUAGAGAACUACAAACAAUAAAACCCGCUUAUGUACCUAAACUCCAUUAUGGCAUUAAUGUAAAGGAUGAUACAUGUAGAUGAAUGUGCAUAAACAGUUCAUAAUUCAUAAUACAGGAGUUCCUGUAUGAAAUGAACUAUGAAGAAUCUGAUGGCGCAUGGAAUAUAAUUCUUCUCAAUGUGCAUGAUGUGUUACCUGUGUAUCUGUAUGCUUUGAACAAAAAGGUGGUUGUAAAACACGAAUCUGUUUUCCCCUCUUGGUAAUGGGCGGGCCUUUUUCAAUUCAUCAAGAUUUUGAUGAAAUUGUUUCUUUUCUGGCUUGCAAAUAUAUAUUUAUUUAUUUAUGUUUGUUAAAUUUUAUGUCAUAAUUUGCUUUUGUUUAGUUAUACAUUGUACGUUAUAUUUGAUAAUUUACACUAAAAUAGAGAAGUCACUAGCUCUAGGUAUAAUGCUAAAAUUUGACACAGCCUUUGAUACAGCCUUAUCAAUAUCAGUGUAGUGUUUUUUGUUGGUUCCUCAUGGAGACAAUCCGUAAAGCCUUGGAGGCGUCACUUCAUAUAAACCAAUAAUAGUUUUCUAAAUGGUCUGGCAUUAUCCUGUUAUUAGCAUCGCGAUGCUGAUAAUUUUUGACGUUGUUGACGUAAAUAAAAUUAUAAUUUUGCGAGCUUAGAAAUAGUCUUUAAACAACAAUAUUUAUGGAUUUUAUGCUUAUUCCGUUAAUUCCCACUCUCUGCCAUCAGCUCAUACAUAAGUCAUGUCUGACAGAAGAACGAAAGACAACUCUGCAUGGGAGAUUGGUUAUACUUCCAUGAUAACUUAUUCUCAUGAACGGUAUUAAAAAUAAUGCAUUUUUGAAAAUGCAGAAUAAGUGUCUUCAUAAACAAAACUAUAUAUUAUAAAACUAUAAAAAUUUAAUAUAUAUGUACUUUAUUCCGUUAAUUAUAAAUGAGUUGAGAUAAAUAUAUAACGGAAUAAACGUCUUCAUAAACAAAACUAUUAAAAUUGAAAAUAUAUAGACUUUAAUCCGUUAUA